AUGGACACCGUAACAAAGGAAAUGGAUGGCUUGAACUUGACUAACUCCACAAUUUCGGCCUUUGACAAGGGCACAAACACCCAAUUUAUCGGAAAGUCAGCUAGUGGUGCACUAUACUAUGUUGGCCAUGCCAGUUUGCAAUGGUCUAUCGGACAGGUUCCCAAUGGCGGCUACGUUGUUUCCAUUAUGCUCGAUUCUGUACUCCAGCGCUACGAGAAGCUUUAUCAGAAGCAUCCAAUUUCUCUCAACUGCUUUUUCCUUCGCAAAACCAUCCCAGGGCCAAUCCUAAUCGAGAUUGAGGAUAUUAAGAUGUCCGGAAAGGGUUAUUGUCUAUCCCGUGCCGUCCUUAAACAGCUGAACAAUUUCGAUGAUCCUAUGCCCACUAACAUUGACGAGUACGACCCCGCAAUGUUUAAUGACAAAAUACAAGGAGUUUUCACAAUGGGCAAUAUGCUUAACGAACAAGGUGUCACUGUCCUUCACAAGCCUCUUACGCCUCCAUCCCGCGAGAAUCUUGAACCAUUCAAGUAUAUAUUCAUGGGCGAUAUGGUGAAUAGCAAGAUCGAUCACUCUAUGCUCCCAAAAUCUGACAAUGAUGGUGUUCAGACACCGGGCACCCCCGAACACCAUCACCUUAUCAGCUUUUCUGAUAAUCGCUCGGUGGACUUCAAGAGUAUUCCAUACUGGUGCGAUAUGUUCAUCACACCUGCCGCGAAUCUCGGUACAGAUGUAUGGGGUGGCAGCAUUUGGUGCGCAACAAUGCAGAUGGAAAUCCAAUUCAAGAGAAUCCCAACAGGAAAAGAAGUUCUUUGCAGCUUCAUCACACCUCAUAUUAUGAAUAGCCGCCUUGAUUUGGAUGGUGGUAUAUGGGAUGAAGAUAACAAUCUCCUUGCCGUCACCCGUCACCAAUGCCUCGCUCUUCCCUUCAGUCGGAACACACCAAAUGUUUCUAAGCUCUAA